CAGAUCCCUGGGCUGGGGGGGGGUCUGGCUCUCCCCCUCUCCCUGCCUCCUCUCAGGGCACCGGCGGGCCUGCAGGACCACCCAGUCCUUUCCCUCAGAUAUCGGCUGCCUGUGAUUUUGGUCCGAGGCGGUGGGCCGGUCUCCCCCACUCUACUCCACCCCACCCCACCCCACCCCUGGCCCUUCUCUCUAGCCCCUCGGGUUCCCACGCUCUGCCUGGCCCAGCCCUAAGAAAGCCUUCCUUCCUGGGCAGAACAGAGCAGGAGGAACGGGGGGGGGGGAAGAUUCACGCUGCUCCACCCCUGCUCCAGUUUGGCUUCUUGGGCGUUUAACUCCAGCUUUCCAGCAGAGCGCUGCCAGAGGGAAGGCGGCCUUUCCUUUCCUCUCCACGUCUCACUGGGGCUUCUCGGCUUCCUUUUUCAUUCCAUUUUUGGUACUAUAGGCCAGACCUGCCGGGGACAAGUCUCCUGUACCAGGGUUCACAAACGCUUGGCUCCAGCCCUGCCCUGUGCCUCCACGCCACGGACAGUCCCACGGCAUUCCGCAAUGCUUCUUUCCCUUGCGAAGGGGUCCAGGACAGUGGGAUGGAGAAAUGUCUUCCUCUGGGGCACAAGGAGGCCAGAGGGGAGGCAUCUCCCAUAACCUUCGUGGGGAAGCUUCCUACCUGAAACCAGUCAGGGCCUGGGAAGGGUCUCACGAUGUCCACAAAGCGCCAGGGGAAGAAGAAAGGGCAGCCACGCAGGAUGGUGCCGACAGCCACUGGGGCUGGUGCAGAGGGGCCUGUGCAGGAUGAGGCCACAGUGAUGCUCCUGCAAGAACAAUACGAGCGCAUCUGCCACGACCUGGAGCACCUGAGAAGACAGAGGGGGCAGCUGCAGGCCCAGCACCGCUUCCUCCAGCAGGAGGGACAGGAGCUCCACGUUCAGAGCCAGGAAUUCUUGGGCUACUUGGGCAAGCGGGCCCAGUGGCGCCAGGGGCUUGCCGUUUCCCUGAGCGAGGAGAACCAAGCCUUACUGGCGGAGACUCAGCAGCACCACCAGGAGCUUCUGGCCUGCAUGAAGGCACAGGAGGAGGCCCUGCACAAACAGUUGUUGCAGAAAGAGGCUGAGCUGGCCCACCUCACCUCUGAACUGGAGGGGCUGCGCUGGGUCCAGGACUUGCAGAAAGAACAGGCACGCCACAUUCAGGUGCUACAGCAGGAGCUGGCCACUGCCCGGAAGCAACAGCUGGAGCGCCUGCAAGCCGCCAAGACCCGCUUCCUACAGGAGAAGGCUGCUCAUGAGCAGGAGGUGCAGCGGAGGGCAGGGCUUUGGGUGCAAGAGGCCCAAGGGGCUGCCUCCCGGUCCCUGCAGGAACAUAGCCAGGCUGUUCGGCAACAGAACCAGGAGCUGAGGCAGGAGCUGUAUCGGCUGGUCCAACGAGUGCAGAAGCUCCAAGCGUACAAGCACCACUUGCAGCAAAAAGUCCAGCAUUUGCAUCAGGAACAUGGCUUCCUGCAAGACCUGAUACCCUUGCACUCCAGGGUGGGUCGGUGGAUGGUGGACCCCUAAGCAAGGAAACCCCAGCAGGAAAAGCACAGAGGGUGAGGCGGUCCUUCCCUGAGCUGUCCAAGGAACCCAAUGGGUGGAAGGGUUUCCUAGACCCCUUUGUUGUGGUUUAGUCAUUUAGUUGUGCCCGACUCUUCGUGACCCCACUGACGAGAGCACGCCAGGCCCUCCUGUCUUCCACGGCCUCCUGGAGUUGGGAAAAAGUCAUGCUGGUUGCUUCAAUGACACAGUCAAACCAUCUC